AUGUAUCUCUAUGUUCCAAACAAACUUGCACCCAACCCACCGGUAUUCGUUAAUCCACAUUGGUGCCAUGGGACAGCACAGGCUGCAUUCUCGGGCACCCAAUUCGCAACUCUAGCAGACACUUACGGCUACAUAAUGAUUUUCCCCAAUUCUCCCAACGCGGCAGAUCAAUGUUGGGACGUCUCAUCCGAUGCGACACUUACUCAUAAUGGUGGAGGUGAUUCCUUGGCCAUCGUAAAUAUGGUCAAAUAUGUACUCGCUACCUACAAAGCCGAUCCUAAUCGCGUCUUUUCCAUGGGCACAUCCUCGGGAGCAAUGAUGACCAACGUACUUCUAGGCGUCUAUCCUGAUAUCUUCGCCGCUGGAUCCGCAUGGGCAGGCGUAGCCUUAGGAUGUUUUGCCGCCAAUAGCAGCGCCGUAGAUCUCUGGUCGAAUGAUUGCGCAACAGGCCAAAUCAUCAAGACAGGCUCGCAAUGGAAGAGCAUUGUCCAAGCUGCAUAUCCUGGCUACAAAGGAUUUAGACCGAAGAUGUGGGUUCUACACGGUACAGAUGAUACGACACUUUAUCCUCAGAAUCUCCAGGAGGAAAUCAAGGAGUGGACGACUGUGUUGGCUCAGUCUACUUCCCCUCUGUCGACGAGAUUGAAUUGGCCCGAUGCAAAUUGGACAACUUGGGAUUAUGGAUCGAAAUUUAGAGCUACUAGUGCUGCGGGGGUAACUCAUAACAUCCCUACGAACGAAAGUGUUGUUAUUGAUUAUUUCGAUUUGAAAUGUCAAGGCCGUUCAUGCUACUCAAGGUUGAAGGCCUGA